CCGCUUCAGAGAUUCGUCAGUGGUGUCACAGCAGCUGACGCGCAGGAAAGAGAGAGAACGAUAAUACAUUUUUCGAGAGGCUUUCGUCGUUGUUCUUCGGAAUAACUUGAUGAAAAUUAAUCGGCCUCAACGACGUUGGUUUUGCGUCGCUCAAUUUGACACUCCUCAAAAUACCAGUUAUUGAAUAUGGAAACCGCAAAAAAUCUUGAGCAGUGUGACGAAUGGAGGAAACGAGCUUUCCUUGGUCCUUUGCCAGCCAAUUUUCUCAGGAUAGAGGAACCAGUUUCUGGUAAUCAGCAAGUGGAAGCUGAUCGACAAGCUGCUUUUGCCCUGCAACAAAUGCAAAAUCAGACUAUGUCUGUGAUGGGUAGACUCACUAUCACUGUUGUACAAGCCAAACUUGUUAAAAAUUAUGGUUUUACGGGUAUAGAUCCAUAUGUCAGAUUAAGAGUAGGUCACACAAUUUAUGAAACUCACACAGACAGGAAAGGUGGCAAAAAUCCACAUUGGAAUAAAGUUAUUCAAGUUUUCCUGCCUCCUGGAGUAAAUAAAAUAUAUGUAGAGAUAUAUGAUGAAUGUUCUUUUACAAUGGAUGAGUUGAUUGCUUGGGGCCACGUAGAUAUUCCACCUCAAGUUAUUGAGAAAGGAACAACUUAUGAAGAUUGGUACUUACUUAGUGGAAAGCAAGGAGACAAUCAAGAGGGCUCUAUUAAUUUAGUAUUAAGUUAUACAACAAGAAUUCCAAGGGCAUACAUGGAAAUGCCACCACCUGUAAUGAUGGUACCAUCAACAAAUAUGGCAGGAAAUUUUGCACCUUUUGCACCAGUCAAUGUGUACACAGCACCUCCUAUAGCUAAUCCAGCUCCUCCUGCUGUACCUGCAAGUUCAUUACCAAAUGCAGAAGAAGAGUUAAAACAGAUUUCUGAAAUGUUUCCAAAUAUUGAUAAAGAAGUGAUCAAGUCAGUAUAUGAUGCGAACAUUGGUAAAAAAGAUACAACUAUUAAUUCACUUCUUCAAAUGGUUGAAUAAGAAUCUUUGCCGUCCUAUAUAUAAAUAUUACCAAAUCUCGCUCUUAGCUUUUGAACCGCAUUGCCAUAUUUAUAAUUCUUUCGCUCAGGAAAGUAUUAUUUGCAAAAACAAGAUGUAAUAUAUUUAAAUAUUAUUAUGA